AACAUUUAAGGAAGUUCAGUUGCGGAAGCGCUACGAAUUGUGCACUUCACAAGUACUACUCCGAGGAGUAGGUCCCUCCUGGAGAGACAGCGGGCGUGCGUGCAUGACUGCCCACACGGGCAUCUCAAUCCAUUCCUAGCUUUCCUCUAGGUGACCUUGGGCUGAGCUUCUGCUUGCUUGGAGACCUGUUGAUUUACAAUGCAGAUUCAUUGGUCUUUGCCUGCCUGUCCCUGCCCCUCCUAAAUUUGGCUGGGAUAUAAGAGGCUGUUUGCUGUGUUUGCUUGAUGCCAACAGUGGCAAUGGCAGAGCGCCCUGCCAUGUGAGAGGCAGAGAUAGAGGAGAGGGGGCCAAGGAGGAGCAAACUGUGCAGCUGCUAUUGCUUCUGGUAGCCGAGGAGCACAUCUGUGGGACAGAAUGUCAAUGCUUACCCCUGUCCUGCAGCCCCCGGAGGUGAAGGAGUAUCUGUCCAAGGGUGAGCGCUUCAUCAAAUGGGAUGAUGAAACAGCAGGUGCUUCUCCUGUGAUUCUUCGAGUGGAUCCAAAGGGCUUUUACUUAUACUGGACCUAUCAGAAUAAGGAAAUGGAAAUUUUGGAUAUAACCAGCAUCCGAGAUACCAGAGUAGGGCGGUUUGCCAAAAUCCCCAAGUGCCAGAAGCUCCGAGAGGUUUUUAACUUGGAUUAUCCUCACAGCACCUUCCUGCUUAAGACUCUGACUAUUGUAUCUGGCCCUGACAUGGUUGACCUCACUUUUCAUAACUUUGUGUCCUACAAGGAGAAUGUUGGCAAGAGCUGGGCUGAGGAUAUUAUGGCCAUUGUUCGGAAUCCUCUCACAUACAACGCUUCUCGGUACACCUUCCUAGAGAAAAUCCUGGUGAAGCUGAAGAUGCAGCUUAAUGCAGAGGGGAAGAUUCCUGUCAGGAAUAUUUUUCAGAUGUUUCCUGCAGACAGGAAAAGGGUGGAAGCAGCAUUAAGUGCUUGUCAUCUUCCAAAGGGCAAGAACGAUGCCAUCAACCCAGAGGACUUCCCUGAGACCGUGUAUAAAACUUUCCUCAUGAAUCUGUGUCCACGGCCUGAGAUUGAUGAAAUAUUUACCUCACACCAUUUAAAAGCAAAGCCCUACAUGACCAAAGAGCAUUUGGCGAAGUUUAUCAACAAGAAGCAGCGAGACUCUCGCCUCAAUGACAUCCUUUUCCCACCAGCCAAACCUGAGCAGGUGCAGAGCCUGAUAGAGAAGUAUGAGCCCAGUGGGAUUAACAUCCAGAGAGGUGAGUCUUGUUCAGCCCAGAAGUCUUGCUGUAGAGGUGGCAUGGAAGUAGGAGAGGAACUUGCACCUUCUGCUACUCUGACUUUCCAAGGAGAGCAAUCAGCCCAGUUCUCACAAGCCCCUGCGUUGCAGUGCACUGGCAAGGAGGUGCCAGAACCAUUUUGUGCCGAUGCUAUUAACAGCUUUGUUUUCCAUGUAGGGCAGUUGUCUCCAGAGGGGAUGGUCUGGUUUCUCUGUGGCCCUGAGAACAAUGUGAUAGCACUGGACAAAUUGGUGCUGCACCAGGACAUGACCCAGCCGCUCUCUCACUACUUCAUCAAUUCAUCACACAACACGUAUUUAACAGCCGGUCAGUUUUCUGGGAUCUCUUCUCCUGAAAUGUAUCGCCAGACACUGCUGGCUGGCUGCCGCUGCGUGGAGCUGGAUUGCUGGAAGGGCCGUCCUCCGGAUGAGGAGCCGAUCAUCACUCACGGGUUCACCAUGACAACUGAGAUCCUCUUCAAGGAUGCCAUUGAGGCCAUUGCAGAAAGCGCUUUUAAAACAUCUCUCUACCCUGUCAUCCUGUCCUUUGAGAACCACGUGGACUCGCCCAAGCAGCAGGCAAAGAUGGCUGAGUACUGCCGAACCAUAUUUGGAGAUAUGCUGCUGACAGAGCCGCUGGAAAAAUACCCACUGAAGCCAGGAGUUCCUCUGCCAAGUCCUAAGGAUCUCUUAGGGAAAAUCUUGAUUAAGAACAAAAAGGACCAAUCUAUGUCUGGGAAGAGGCAGAGCUCUUUGAAGAAAGGGAGGAAUGUGGAACCAGAAAUCAUUGAGCAGCCAGCCCCUACGGAUGCCGAAGACACUGUCUGGGCAGGUGAUGUGGCUGAAGAGGAACCAGAGGAAGAGGAUGAACAUCUCGGAAACCUGGAUGAAGAGGAAAUUAAAAAGAUGCAGUCAGAUGAGGGCACUGCUGGUUUGGAAGUGACAGCAUACGAGGAAAUGUCCAGCCUUGUUAAUUACAUACAGCCCAUCAAAUUUGACUCCUUUGAAGUCUCUGCUGAGAAGAACCGGAGUUACGUCAUCUCUUCCUUCACGGAGUUGAAGGCUUAUGAUCUACUAACCAAGUUCCCAGUACAGUUUGUGGAAUAUAACAAGCGACAGAUGAGCCGGAUUUACCCCAAAGGCACCCGGAUGGACUCCUCUAAUUACAUGCCCCAGAUGUUUUGGAAUGUCGGCUGUCAGAUGGUGGCACUUAACUUCCAGACCAUGGAUGUCCCCAUGCAGCAGAACAUGGCUCUGUUUGAGUUCAACGGCCAGUGUGGCUAUCUGCUCAAGCAUGAAUUCAUGCGGCGGCCAGACAAGCAGUUUGACCCCUUCUCUGUGGACCGCAUUGAUGUGGUGGUGGCGAGUACCCUGUCUGUCACGAUACUCUCUGGUCAGUUCCUCUCAGACCGCAGUGUGAAGACAUAUGUGGAAGUAGAGCUCUUUGGGUUGCCCAGGGACACAAAACGCAAAUACAGAACCAAACUGACCUCCACUGCCAAUUCCAUUAACCCUGUAUGGAAAGAAGAGGCUUUUGUUUUUGAAAAGAUCAUGAUGCCUGAGUUGGCGUCUCUUAAAAUUGUGGCUUGGGAAGAAGGAGGGAAGUUCAUUGGACAUCGCAUAAUUCCCGUCAUUGCAAUGCACUCAGGCUAUCACCACGUUUGUCUCCGCAGCGAAAGUAACAUGCCACUCACCAUGCCUUCUCUGUUUGUGUACCUGGAAAUAAAGGACUACGUUCCUGAUGCUUGGGCAGAUCUGACUAUUGCUCUCUCCAACCCCAUUAAGUUCUUCAGUCUGCAAGACAAGAGAUCAGUUAAGCUAAAAGAUGGCUCAGCGGAGAGGCUUGGCACACAGAGGAACUUCCCAUCUGCUGAAACUAAUGGGGUACAAGACUCCACUGGGAGGUUCAGCAUUCCUCUUUCUAAUGGGCCUGCAGGAGCAGCGGCGUUCACCAAGGACGAAAAUGUGAUAGAAGUGACGCAGAUUGCAGAGCCUCAGACAGCCAGCCUCACAGAACUGCAGCAGAUGAAGCUCUUUCUGAAGCUGCUGAAGAAGCAGGAGAAGGAAUUGAAGGAGCUGGAGCGGAAAGGAAGUAAACGGAGGGAGGAGCUGCUGCAAAAAUAUUCUGUACUCUUUUCAGAGCCUGUCUGCUAUGGAGGCAAGAAAAGGAUGAUACACACUAGGAAAACCCAGAAGAAGAGGAGUUUGACAACAGGUGACGUUGGUACAUGUGCAGAUCCUGUAGAAAUGGCGGAAGGCAUCGAUAGCCGAAUUUUGGAACUGAGAGAGAGGCUGGAGAUGGACCUCAUCCACCUGGGGGAGGAGCACCAUGAUGGGAUUCGAAGAAAGAAAGAGCAGCACGCCACAGAGCAAGUUACCAAGAUAAUAGAGCUUGCCAGAGAGAAGCAGACAGCUGAGCUGAAGGCACUGAAGGAGGCAUCAGAAAGCAAUAUUAAAGACAUUAAGAAGAAGCUCGAGGCAAAGAGAGUGGAGCGAAUCCAAACCAUGAUGAGGAAUACGAGUGACAAGGCUGCUCAGGAGAGGUUGAAGAAAGAAAUUAAUAACUCUCACAUUCAGGAAGUGGUGCAAACAAUCAAACUGAUGACAGAAAAGACAGCCAGGUGCCAGCAGAAACUGGAAGAGAAGCAGGCAGAUAAUCUGAGAAGAAUCAAGGAGAAAGAAAGCCAGCUCCAGCAGGAUGCACUGGCAGAGUACGAGGAGAAACUGAAAAGUCUGGCUGUGGAGGUGCAGAGUAUGAUGAAGAACUAUGCAAAAGCAGGCUUUUCUGGAGAGCCAGAGACUCAGAAGCAAGCAGUUCAGAGCAUUCCUGAGGGAGGACAAGGCUCUAAAGAACAGCUAGAAGAAAAGAUCCCAGUGGCAGAGGUGUCAGGGCUUACAACAGCCAUGCCUGAGCCCCCAGGAGCUGAAACAGAUGGUGAGAUAGAGGAAAGCAGAUUCUGAGAGACGCUUCCCCUACUUACUGUUCCAUUUCAGGAAGGAAGGCUCAUGGAGGUGUAUACUGAAAGACCAGCUUGACAAACUACUGCCAUCCUUUUGCACCGUGGCAACUCCUGAAAUCCUUCAGGAAUUUACUACUUUUUUAUCCUAGAUGUCGGAAGUAGCCUGAAGAGAUCACCCUUCAGAGAGUGCUUCGCGCUCUUUGUCUUCCACAGCCUAAGGUAUUUAAGCAGUGCGUAAGGGCCUGUGGCUGAAGACAAGCUAGUUGUUGGCAUCCACAGCAGCACCUACAUUAAUAUUUUAGUCUGGAUUCAGACUUAAGUUUUUAGAGUAAGUUCCCUCCUCAGUUGUCACAUACACUUCUUCAGAGAGUGGUCUCAGAGCCAGGUCCCUUUGAACAAAAUGUAACUGGGAGACACUGCAGCAGCCCACCUAAUGUGCUCCAACCACUGGGAGCUCGCCCAGCACAAAGCCUCCUGAAAGACAUCUACGUGUGGGCGGCAGGUGCUCGGCAAAAACUGUCGUCAUCCCUCUAAAGCACCGUUCCUUCUGGCAACGCUACUUGCUAGUGUAGAUGCAGCCUCUGUUUAUAGGAGGAAAGGUCAGUUUGAUGAACCUCAUACCAUUUUCUGUCAGCGUACCACUUCCUUGCACAACCAGUGUUGGCUUUUCACAGCCCCCGUCGGACCAGGGCAGUUUUGAGUACAUUGGUAUCAACACAACAUAAACCAGCAUUUCCUCCUGCAGAAACGUGCAUUGCCAGUGGUGUAGCUUGCUUGCUUUCUAACCUCCCUUAUUCCCAGGGGCUGAUUCUCACUCCUGAUUCUGACUCUCACAGGCCUUCAGGCAAGCUCUCAGCUCUGGAUCUCGUGAAGACCCAGCAAGUCUUGAGCAGACUCCUUGGGCAAUUAGAAGGCAAACUAUGAGGAGUCAGAGCCUCAUCCUUUGUUCCAGCUACCACAAAAACACUUGCAGAGUUCCCAUCUACAGCAAUUUGACAUUUUUAGAACUUCACUGAAACUUUUUCUCAUGAAGCUAAAUUAGUUCCAUGUUACGGGCGGCUUAGGAUAACAACAGUUAACAAAAUUUCUAAACUGUUUGAAAAUAAUUUUGUUGCUCACAUAAAAAGCCAGCCAGUUACACUGCCGGUAAGUUUCUGUUACACAGGAAGCUGCAUGGCUUAUAAGAACGCACAUUGACUAUCCAUUCCAGCAGCAGAAAGCAGUUCUCUGGAGCUGCUUUUACAUGCUGCCAUCUCAGUUAAUGGCAACAGGGCUCAGCAGUGCCCUGUAGAAGCUGUUCCUUGCUGCUGGGGAAACCCAACUGCUCUAGGACCUUGCGGGGAAGACUACACGCUUCGCCUGCUGCCCCUUUGCAGGAGCGCUGGCACACACCUUCCCUCAAAGCCUCAGUCACUUCCCUCUCCCCGUGAAGCGUGCGCACCUGUAAGGAGCAGCAGGUCCGUCCCAUUGCACAGCCUGACUGUGAAUGAGAACUGCCCGUGACUGCAAGGGGCGGACGCUCCCCAGGCUCUCUCAGCCUCGCACGUACCUGCUGCUGUCCGCUUCACUAAGAGACCCGUCCAGCAGGACACACUUGGCGGUCCAGGUUGCCAGUUUCUUGGUCUUGACUUGCACAGACAAAGGGCAGGUUCCCCUGAAGCCAUCUUUACCCUUCCACUUUCCAGGACAGCAAAGCCUUCUUUUGGGAAUGCAGAACUUGCACCAGUGCCCCCUGCCUCCUCACAUACUUUCUCUCACCUGCUUUAUGACCUUGUGCACUGAACAGCUUUGACACAGCGAGUUCUCACUCAUCCAGCAGGAAGGACCUGGUAACAUAUGGUCCAGCUCUUUUUCCUAGCACCAUUUAAGACAGACUUUGCUUAUGAAUCCUAAAAAAAGCAGGAAACAGCAAUAAUUCAGUACAGAUCAGCCACAUCCUGGCCUUCCACAUAUCCCCUCCUGAAAUAAUGUUAGCCUGAGAACUGGAGGCUGGCCUGCCAAAGUAUACUUGCACCAGGUCACGGAGACCCUGUGAAAUGGGGUGCUUGAGGUCACCAGAUCUCACAGGUGGGGGCAGGACACACACACACAUGACUGGACCCGGCCCCCCGCCCCCCUAAAACAGAGUCAGCCCUGCCCAGGCGUACAUCUGUAAAUAGCAGGACUUUUAAUUUAAUUAAAAGGUAUGCUGAAGGAUACAAAAGGGAAUAGGAACUGCAGCUUUUUUUACUACAAAUACAUAUCCUAGAGCUAAGAUACUGUAGGUCAAAUCUUCCACGUUGUUCAAGGAAACAAAAAAACCCAAACCAAAUGCCCUAAACAUUGCUGAGGAGAAAUGGGGGGACGGGACCCCCAAACCUCAGUCUGCCACUGAGCAGAUCUGUGACUGCUGCAGCCCUAGCACCAGCAGCCUAGAGAACCUUGUGCUGAUGAAGCCCACGAUACAUUUCUUUGGCAGUUCAAACCUCCUUUUACUGGUACCUUAGAGCACCGCAAAGGUUGAGUGUCCUUAAACCCAGCCAUAGAAAAGACAGGUGAGACCAUGGUCUAAAAUAGGAGCUUCCAUCCUCUUGUUACUAAAAUCUUUACCCUUGAUUUGAGACAGUACCAGAAGAGAUGUGUUCCUGACUGCAGCAACAGUGUCCCCAAAAUUUUAAGUGCCACACUGCAGUGUGAUCUAACAAAGUCCCCGCUUACCCCUCAACUGGUUCUUCAGGUUUGUGUCUUUUCUGGAAAAGCAAACACAGUCACAGCAAACCUACAGCACGCUGUGGUUGCUACAGGAUAACAGUUACACCUAGAAACUGCAAGGAUAAACGCAUUAUGAAGUGCUGCUAUAUUAAAAAACCCCAACAACUCAAGUAGGUAUGAGAGACAAAACGUUCCAAGCCUGGUCUGACAGCCAAGAAGAGCCCAUGCCUCCCCUACGGUGUUAACAUAUUACUGGAAUUAUGUAUUGUAAAUUUCUGACUUAUUUAUUUUCUAAAAAAUAAAACAUCAAAUUUCUUAAAAA